UGGAAAGUCCCGAACUAACGUGUACUAUUACUAUAGUAUAACUAGUAAAAGAUAGGAAUAGACCUGCGCAUUAUUAGCUUUAGACUACUUUCUUUUUCUACAAAACUUAUCAGGAUUGGGAAAUGGUUUUGUUUUGACUCUUGAGACUCCUCUGUACGUUUAUUAUAAAGUCAAACUCAACAAGUCAAUCAUUUCAAAGUCAAAGUCAACGAUUUAGAAUUUAGUAACCUAGACCUAAGUCUAAGUAAGUCUUACAAUUACAACUUAAAAUUGCUUAGACUUAGUGAAAUUUAUAGUUGUGAGUUGAAAAGUGUCUUGUCUUACUCUUACUCUUAGUGUUAGUCUUAUUAGUUAUUAGUCUUAACUUAGUUUUAAACUUAACCUUUAAAACAUUUUUAUUAGUUUUAGUUUUGUUACAAGUGAGUCUAAGUGAGCAUGAGUUUUGUUUGUUAUUAUAAUAACAUCUCAUUUCAUUAACUUUUUUCAAUUCAGGCUGAUAUUAAGGAGGGAUUUGUGUGUUUAUUAUAGUUGCAGUGAAUUAGUAUUAGGGUUUAGGUUAGGUUGAGGGAUCGAUUUAGGGUUCAGGUUAGGCAUAGGGAUCGAUUUAGGGAUACAUUGGUGAAAUUCAAUAAAAAUGUGGCAUUCGUCCUUAAAAUGUACCUCAAUUCAUUUAACAAUUUAGACUAUUCUUGACUCUUACUCUAAAGAAUUUAUUAUUUAUUAUAAAUUAUUGUGUAACUUUCGUAACAGUUUUUAUCAGUGGAACUUCAAUAACUUAUUUAUUCCUGUAUAAUGUAGGCCUAUGCCUAUAAGUAUUAGUAUUUGUAUUAGCAUUAGCAUUAGGGCUAGGUUUUACAAUCAUACUUCUAAAAACUAUUUUUUUUUAAAGUGAUUAUUCCUAAGACUAAGAAACACACUUGACUUAUGCCACCAUCUUAUAAUUAUAUUAAUUAUUAAUAAUAUAAUUAUAGCUGGAAAAUGUGUUUGUUUUUGUAGUUAUAUUUUUAAAGACGAUAAAUUGACAAUGUUGUAAUGUUAUCAAAUGUUUUAGUAAUCAACAAUAUUAUAUACCUACUUAUUUUAUAGCAUAUCUUCAAUUUAAAGUAAAACAGUGUUCAUUUCUUAGACCUUUUGAUAAUUAAUUUAAGCCUUUCAAUUUAAUCAAAUUAUUUUUAAUUAAAUAUGUAAUUAUUUUAAUUUUGGGAUACUCGUACAUGUUUUAAAUUUUUGAUGAUAAAAUACUAAACAUGGAAAUCAAUCUAGUAAUAUUAACCUAAUUAGGUCUAUUGAGAAUAUUAAUUUAAUAAAACAUUAUUGAUUUGGACUUUUGAAAAAAGAAAUAUUUGGCAUUAAAAAAAAUAAAUAAAUAAUGUUAUUUCUGAGUCCGAGUAAACUUUUAGCUAGACAAUAUAUUUUAACCAAUGUGUUUUGGGCUUCUUAAAUUAAGUCGAAAUUUUCUGGUCUUGAUAACCCUCAUAAAUAUAUAAAGUACAACAAAUAACAAUCAUAUUCACAGGCAACUAUUUUAUUUUCAGAUUGGAAAAUGGGUGUAGAGAGAGAAAUGCGGUCUGAAAAAAAUGGAGUAACAAGGUCAAGUAAUGUAAAUUCAAAUGUUCAACAAGAUCACACACUUAGUGUUCAUGAAUCAACUUUUCUGGACAGUCAACAACAACAGAUACUAGUAGCCUCAGCCUCCUCUCCUUCUUUGUUAACAGGUUGUGGAGACACCUCUACCCAUGCUGGUGCCAGGAUAGAAAGACACAUAAUUGCUCAUCAUAUUGUAACUCAAUCUCCUCUUGUUCAAUCUCCUGUGUGCACACCUCAGGUUCAAGACAUUUCUACUGAACCGUCAUUCCAUAAUAUUGCCUACCCAACAUCAGAUGACCCUCCAGAUUCUCUAUUUCUGACUUCAUCUACACCACGAUCUCGUCAGAGCAGCCAGGAGAGGCCUUACAGUGCACCCGCUAAUUAUUUAGAGAAGAUUUCAGGGCAGCUACUUAGACUUGUUGGAGAUCAUUACCACUGCAGUAAUUGCGGACGUCAGCUCCGUAACAUAGGGGAUCAAUUAACAAUAGAGACAACUCUAAGAAAUGCGUGGAGUUCAGGAGAAUUAAAUAAUCUAAGAAAUAAAUCUUAAUAUUUAAUGCAAUUUGUUAGUAUUUUAAAUAUAUGAUAACAUAACAGGGCAUUAUUUCUCAUUUGGAAUAAAUUUACUCACUGGGCUACACUAAUGGCUUUGUUAAAACUACAGUAGUCAACUAAAGUACCUUCACAAGACCAUUGUCGGUAUCUGUUUUUUAAAAUGCAGCCCAGCAAGUUUAUACUUUUAUUUCUGUAAUGUCAGGCUUGUGCAAAAUAUGAUGGCCUUACUGCUUAGUGUCAAAGUUCACAGUGGAUUAUGAUUUAAAGGAACAGUUUAUGACUUUGAUAUUCAUUAUCUUUAUAUUAAUAUUAUUGAAUCCAUUUCAAAUAAAACUGUGAUACUUGGAGACCUGUCGGGCCAAAGUAAAUGUAAAUUGUACAUAUUUGUGGUGGAAUGUUCUUAUAAUAUAUUGAAUAAUAUGUUUUAAAACUAUUUAACCUUCUAUUAAUAGUUUUAGCUUAAAUUUUUGUUACACUUCUAGUGUGUUUAAAUCAAGCGAGAAUGAGUUUGGUGGUCACUACCAUAAUUACAGCUUUGGCCACAUAGUUAAACAAAUAUUUUUCGGCAUGAAUAGAAAUAGCUCUUGAAACACAAAUUUAAGAAAAAUUCAAUCACUUGUUAAAUAUCUGAGUAAUAUGGUAGUUCAUUUCCAUGAAUAAAGGAACGAGUCUGUGGGUUUUAUGGGUGAAAGAAAACUAUGAUCUUAUAAUUACAUUAAUUUUUGUUUUGUUUUUUGUCUUGACAUACAGGUACAAGUACAUUCUUGCUUAUUAUUAUUAAAUUACAUUUUUAAAAUAUCUUUAACACUAAACCGUCUAACCCUAGUCCAUCUCAUGAAUAACCUCGUGUAAAGUUCAAAUAGUAAUUCUUGAGCAGUAUAUAUUGUACAAAAUAAAUGUGAGUUUAAUGACAAAUAAUAAAAUAAAGUUACAAUUUAACCCAUAAGUUGUUAAUUUGUAAAUGAAAAUGAAAGCAAGCAAUUACCAUAAGAAAGAUUUUCCCUUUUUGUAUUAUCUUCUCAACAUCUUCAUUUUAGCAUUACAUUUUUCCACUUAAGUUUUAGAUUAAAGAAUAUACUUAAAUUGUAUAAUUAUUUUCUUAUAUUUAAUAGAUAAACUAAAAUUGAAGUGUAAAAAUAUAUGUUUUAAAUUAAAUAAACACCUGGAAUUUCAUUUAGUUUUGAACUAUUGUUUAAAUUAAUAAUAUCUGUAUUUAAGUCACCUUUGUAAAAUAUUAGCUCUAAUCAUUAAUCCAUUUACCUAAAAAAAACAUUGUCUUCCCUUUCUUAAUGCAGUCGAAUGUUAUUUUGUUGUAUAUCGUAUGAUAAUUAUCUUGUAGGAAUGUAAGACAAUUCUAACAAUGUAUCAUUCUUUUUUAAGUGUAUCAUUUUAUAACAAAUUUUCCCAACCUAAAUUUAAAAUGACAUUUUGUUAAAUUUCUUUUUAAAUUUUUUUGUGUUAUCUUAAAGAUCUCCUACUCUUUGUGUUAGACUUUAUAUUGCUUCAACUUUAUUGCACUAAAUUUAAUAUACCAUUUCUCUGAAAUGUAGUUAAAUUGUCUUUUUAUUACAGUUAGACUCAUCUCAAGACUUUAAAAAAAUAAUAUAGCUACCUGUACAUUCCUUUUUUUAGAGUGAAAUUUUUAAAUUGUUUUUCAUGGUCUAUAAAUAUAUACAUACACACCAGUGAUUUAAUAGUAGUUAACUGAGGACUUGACUGCAAGAAUUGUUUAAUAUUUUUGUUUUAUAUUAUGUGCAAUGAAUUUCAAAGUUGUUUUGAGUACAAGUGCCUAUAUAAAUUAAUUUAAAAUGAUGUUUAAAAUUAUUUAUUCAUAACAUUUUUAAUGAAUAAACA